AUGCCAGGAAAGCACAGCAAGGACGCAGAAAGUCAUUCAUCCAACAAAAGGAAGGGAGCAGACGAAAGGAGCAACAUCGACGAGAAAAUUAAGAACGCCAUGAAGAAGUAUCAGAAGGAAGGCAAGGGAACAGAGGAGGAGCGAGAGGACGAAGACUCCCCACUCAACUCAGAGAUACAGUCGGUAAGGUUUCCUUCGACGUUUAAAUUACCAACUUUUGAGCCUUUUGAUGGAACAAGAGAUCCGAAAAGCCACAUCUCGAAGUAUAAGACAAUCAUGAUGCUACAAGAUGUAACUGAUCCCAUGCUCUGUAGAGUGUUCCCUGCGACGUUAAAAGCAUCGGCGCAAAAAUGGUACUCAUGUCUCAAGGCAGGGUCAAUAAGUUCUUUCUUCGACUUAGCAUCAGCAUUCAAAGCAAGGUUCAGAACAAAUAUCCCCAUGCAGAAGAGCUCCAGCGACUUGAGGAAGUGCAAGCAAGGAGAGCAGGAGACCCUCAAAAAUUUCGUAGAAAGAUUCAACAAGGAAGCAGUUCAAAUCGAAAACCUGAACCAUGACACAGCGAUCGAAGCAAUGAAAAUGGGAACAAAGUUUGAAGAACUCCGUGACAAGAUCCUGAUGAAAAAGCCAACCACCUUUCAAGACUUAAUGCUGAUCGCUCAUAAAUAUGUGGAACUAGACGAAGCCCGAAGAACCCUCACGAAACAACAUGAGCACACCAAGCAGGAUAGUUCCAGAUAUCGAGGAAAAAAGGAAGAAGAAAGGCCACGGACUCAGCGAUAUGGCGCAGGGCACAGACCCUACUAUUUCACCCCGUUGAAUAAAGCCCGAAGAGACAAGAGCAAAUACUGUCGUUUUCACGAGGGCUACGGCCACGACACGGACAGAUGCUGGGACCUCAAGAGAGAAAUAGAGCAGCUAAUUCAGUCUGGACUUUUGAAGAAGUUUGUCAACGACAGACCCGGAGACAAAAGGAAAGGGGAGUCAACAGAGAAAGAGGAACAAAACAAGAAGCAGAAAGAGGUCGCAGGCGUAGUAAACGUGAUAGAAGGAGGAGAGCCCUGCAGCAGUAAUCAGAAAAAGAAAAGGAAUAGAAGAGGGUCGGCCACGGUGUUCGCAAUUGAAAGAGAAGUAAUCCCAGAGAUAUCGUUCGGGCCAGACGAUGGACAUCACGUGAAGGGACCACACAAUGAUGCGUUGGUGAUAGAAACCAUAAUCAGAAAUCACUUAGUAAAACGGAUACUGGUAGAUGAAGGCAGUUCUGUGAACCUAUUAACCUUGGAGGCAUUCAAAGAGAUGAAAGGCUCAGCAACAGACCUGCGGAAGUCCUCAGUCCCACUAGUAGGCCUGGGAGGGGCACCAAUACGUCCGGAAGGAACAGUGAUUUUAUACGUAGAAUUGGGAAACAGAAGUGAAGGGCCAGUCAAAAAGAUGCAUGCUCAGUUUAAUGUAGUAGACCUUCUCCUGGCAUACAACAGCAUACUGGGCAGACCAUUCUUAUACAAGUCGGGAGCAGUGACUAGCAUCAGACUGCUGACCCUGAAAAUGCCAACGUCAUCAGGGAUAGUAGUAGUUAGAGGAGACCAGGAGAUGGCUAAGGAAUGCUGCUUAGUAACGACAAAAGAAGAUGAAAGCUUGACUAUUGAGGCGUUCCCAGGAGACGCAGUAGAAGAGGAAGAGUCACAAGGAGCAGAACCAGUAGGCGUUAUGAAAGAACUUCACCUAACUGAGACCAAGACUGUCAAAGUAGGCACUGAUGUACCAGAAAAGAUAGCCAAGGAAAUAACAGGGAUACUGAAAAAGAACGUAGAUUCUUUUGCCACUGAACCAACGGAGAUUGUGAGAAUCGAUCCCAAAGUAGCAUCGCACAAGCUGAAUGUGAUCCCAGGGAGCGUACCAAAGGUCCAAAAGAAGAGGAGAUUCACUGAGGAGAGGCAGAAGAUAAUGGCAGACGAAGUAAACGUAUUGGAGGCAGCAGAUUUCAUCCGCGAAGGUUUCUACCCUGAAUGGGUGGCAAAUGUGGUCCUAGUAAAGAAGGCAAACGGGAAGUACAGGAUGUACGUCGAUUUCACAGAUUUGAACAAAGCCUUCCCAAAGGACAGCUAA